GACGCUGCAGGAUACUUCCUGGAAUGUCUGCAAGUGGACGUUCAUCUGGCUCUUUCACUGAAAAAGUGGUGAUGGGGACUUUCUUUUAUGCAAGAUGUAAUUAAUAGCCAUGAGAUUAUAGUGGAAUGAAACCUCUGACCAGAUCAAGGAUGCUACACAACCUCCCUUGAAACUGGCUUUCUACAUGUUCUGAAAAAUUAUUAAGUUUUGUGCAAAGUAUUGGAAAUCAAAAGCCAUUUAACAUGACAACAGAAACGUUGGUGAAGGAUAUUAAACCAGGCAUGAAAAAUCUAAAUCUUAUAUUCAUUGUGCUGGAAACAGGCCGGGUGACCAAGACAAAGGAUGGUCAUGAAGUACGGACCUGUAAAGUAGCUGACAAAACAGGCAGCAUAAACAUCUCUGUAUGGGAUGAUGUUGGAAACCUAAUCCAGCCGGGCGAUAUCAUCCGACUCACCAAAGGGUACUCAUCGAUUUUCAAAGGCUGCUUGACACUGUACACUGGACGUGGAGGAGAUCUGCAGAAAGUAGGAGAGUUUUGUAUGAUUUAUUCAGAAGUGCCAAAUUUUAGUGAGCCAAAUCCUGACUAUGUUGCCCAGCAGUCACAAAACAAAAAUACACCGAAUGACAAUGCAGCCCCUACAGCCUCUCAAACUACAACAGGACCUUCUACAUCAGCAGCUGCAGAGAACCAGAAUGGCAAUGGGUUGAUCCCCUCUGGUGGUGCUCUGCACCAACCCAGCAUCUCAACCCAUCCUACCACCAGUCGCAUCACUAGGAGUCAACCCAACCAUCAAGGUGGAAGCUCAUCAAGUAUAGGGUCAUCCUCAAACCCAGUCAGCAAUGGCAAAGAGACACGGAGAAGUAGCAAAAGAUAGCAGGGGCUGUAAGUUCAGGAAAGUUUUGGAUACCUCUUUCCUCCACUGCCUGCAAUACUACUUUGUGCCUCCUUCUGAGGCAAAACAGCUGCUGCUGAGAAGUCAUGGAUACACUAAGCUGAAGUAGAGACUAUGGGAACAACAUAAUGUUUAACCACUGAAAUGUAUUUUUAACAUGGGGUGUUGUGAUUGGGUGAGAGAUAAGUCUUCAGUCUUUCUACUGAAAGGUUUGGCUUGCCUUUUAGGAAUCCUCAAAUAUAGUAAGUUGCACUCAUUUUUUGCUGGAAAUCAAUAACAAUUGACCUGCCAUCUGUUUACCUGAUAGUAUUUUGUUCCUGUCCAUUAUCUUCCCAGAGAAUAAGCUCCUGUGAUUUGGGCAUGAGUUUUUGCAUUUAGGUCUGUACUUCUUAAAGCUCUUUACUUACGCUUUUUAAUCUAUGAAUUGGAAUGAAUAUGAUUCAUAACUUCUCAAGGAAGUGCAGUUGGUGAUGCCAUGCUUUCCCAAACAGCCUUAGGACUGGCCAAUAACAGAGCCUUGUCAUGUCCAAGAGCCCUGGUAGCGGCGUGGUUAGAAUGCAGUAUUGCAAGCUAACUGCUCACAGUCUGGAGUUCGAUCCUGACGGGCUCAAGGUUGACUCAGCCCUCCAUCCUUCAAAGGUCGGUAAAAUGAGGACCCAGAUUGUUGAGGGAAAUAUGCUUAUGUUGUAGACCUCUCAGAGAGUGCUGUAAAGUCUAAGCACUAUUGCUAUUGCUACAGCUAUUCCCCCAAAAGUGACACUAUAAUUUACAGCAAACUUUAGAGAGGUUUCGGAAAACAACAUGGUAAAAGUACAGCAAAGCCGACAAGAAAUUAAUCUUUGUUUAAAAAUCCUAGCUUUUAAUUGUUAUGAAAGUUAAUGGUUUUUAAACAUUUAAUUAUUCAGAUACAGAUAUUCGCCACUAUUGCAAACAUUGAUUAUUGUGCGGAGAUAUUGAAUUUUUUUACAUUCCAGUAGAACGUAAAAUGGGGUUGGAAGGGAUCUUGGAGGUCUUCUAGUUCAACCUCCUGCUCAAGCAGAAACCGUAUAUCAGAGGCUGUAUAGAUUGAGCUUCCUGACUACAGUCACUGCUCCAAUUUUGGGUCUUCGUGCAGACACAGUCAAGUGAAAGAUCAAGUCUGCUUAUCUUUGAACGGGAAGACCUAUACAAAUUUUUAAAAAAGCCAGUCAGAAUCUUCUGACAUUGUAAGAGUGUUAUUGGGCAUUUGUCAUGUAUAUUUUAAUUUAAUAUCUCUUUCCCAUAUCCAUAAUUAGAAAACGUAAGGGGCUAUCCUAAGCCAAAAUUCUGGAAAGCUUUCAGGAAACUAUAUAUUGUCUGACUCUCACUUAUUUGAAGAAGUAUGAACACCAGCCUUCAUCACAAACAGAUCUAAGCAUUUUAAAAGGAAGAGGGAGGUCUUUACCCUGAAACUGUUGCCAAAGUUACAACCAUUGUAAUGCCAAUAAAACAUCAAAAGAAA